UUUCCUUCUGAAUUUUUUGGUGUUCGAAUUAAAUGCGUCGGUAACGUGUUCACAUGCAGAUUGAUAAGCGGAUAGCUUUCACUGUAAGGUCGUAGAAAGCUCGCUUUAGCUAGGGCUUGAUACAGUGUAUGUACUCAGUAUCAGAUCCUUGGACCCGCCUAAAUUAUAGUCAACUUGGAUUUAGAUUAGGCCAGUGAUGUCGUCAUCGCCGGUGAGAGAGAUUGAUCCGUUGUUGAAGGAUCUGAGUGACAAAAAGCAGAGCUUCCGUCGGAACGUGGUGUCGCUGGCGGCGGAGCUCAAGGACGUUAGAAGCCGUCUUGCAUCGCAGGAGCAGUCAUUUGCUCGUGAAACCCUAACUAGACAGGAAGCAGAGACCAAAGCGAAGAACAUGGAAGAAGAGAUUUCAAAAUUGCAGAAGAGCUUAGAGGAGAGGAACGAGCAGGUUCAAACUGCAGCAUCAUAUGCAGAAAAGUACCUCAAUGAUUUGGAUUAUCUUAGAUCACAGCUGUCAGCCACUCAAGCAACUGCAGAUGCGAGUGCUGUAUCAGCUCAGUCUGCACAACUUCAGUGUUUGGCACUGUUAAAGGAAUUAGAUGAGAAAAAUAGUUCACUAAAAGAGCAUGAGCUUCGUGUAAAUAGGAUGGGAGAACAAUUAGAUCUUUUGCAAAAGGAUCUACAUUUAAGGGAAUUUUCCCAGAAGCAACUAAAAGAUGAAGUCUUAAGAAUUGAGCAUGAUAUAAUGGAAGCGUUAGCGAAAGCUGGAGCAAGCAAAGAUUGUGAGCUGAGAAAGAUACUAGAUGAGGUUUCCCCAAGGAAUUUUGAGAAGAUGAAUAAGCUUCUGACUGCUAAGGACGAUGAAAUAGCUAAGCUGAGAGAUGAAAUCAGGAUUAUGUCUGCUCACUGGAAGCUUAAAACUAAGGAAUUGGAAUCACAGCUGGAGAAGCAUCGGAGGGCUGAUCAGGAGUUGAAAAAAAGGGUUUUAAAGUUAGAGUUCUGUCUCCAGGAAGCCCGUGCUCAAACACGCAAGCUCCAAAGGAUGGGUGAACGACGAGACAAAGCACUGAAGGAACUCAGAGAUCAGUUAGCAACAAAGCAACAGGAUGGAUUUGUUGGUCUUGAGAAGCAAAAUUUCUGGGAAAGCUCUCGGUUUAAGAUUGUGGUUUCCAUGUCGAUGUUGAUCCUAGUAUUGUUUUCAAAGCGGUAAUGAUACUGUGUUAUUUUAGGUUAUUGUAUAAAAACCCCUGGAUACCUAGACGUCAACUUUAGGAGAUUAGAGACAGUUGUAGAUGCUAGGGGUGUUUUACAUUUUUUAUGUCACAGCUGCAACCCUCUUUUUGUUGGUACGAUUAUUAAAAUUGAUCCUGGUGGUUGCUGUCGUGUGUCUACUAUUUUGAAUUGAAAUCAUUGAAAUGCAUACCUUAAUUAUGUAAAUUUGUUUAUUCCUG